AAGACAUUUUACAGAACACAAAAAAGCUUUUUUAAUAUAACAAUUUUUUUAACCUGCAUAUUUUAUUAACAAUUUAACGAAAUUAAUAAAAGUCUUUUAAAUAUUAAAUCUAAUAAGAAGAAGAUCAAACAUUAUUACCAUCAUGGAUAAUAUUGCAAAGAAAAAUUUCCUUGAAAUCUAUCUGUCAAAGCAAAAAGAACUGGGCAAACGGCAACGAGAGUACAAAAAAAUUCUAUCAACGAAAUUGAAAACCCGCAAAGAGACCAUUAUCGAAGCAAGUUAUCAAAAUGCCAUCGAACAACUCAAAAUGGAAAAAGAUGAUUUGAGAGCUCAGAUAUGGGUGGCCAAUGGCAUUACACAUACAAGGGACAAUAAACGUUCCCUUAAGAAUAUUAAAUGUCAUGUACAGUGUCAGGAGGCAUUGGGUGAUGAUACGCGUAAACUUAAAGUGGCUAUAGCUAACUUGGAGCGUGAGAUAAGUCGUGUUAAUAAACAGGUGUAUGAUCUUAAUCGCAAAACAGUGCCUGAAACUCAACAUCAGGCUUAUGUAGCUAAGGCAAGAAAGAAAAUGAUGAUUCUGGAAAAUCAACUAGAGGUUGGUGUCAGACGUGAAUGUGGUUUUGCAGCCGCCAAUGCUCAGUUGAGGGAGGAACUUAUUCAGAUACUUAAUCAUAGAACAUUCUUCAAUGAUUCCUAUACAAAAUUGGUGCAAAAACUCAAUAGUGAUAAGAAGUAUCUCAUAGAUUUAAUUGAAUAUGCUUUGGGUACUUUUGAUAAUUGUAUCGAUAUUUAUGAGAAAAUCGAUAACAUUAUGAAGAGAGAAACCAAAGAACGAGAUUUGCGUAAAGUGGAAAUGCAGGGCAUUAUGCGUAAAAUAGCAGCCGAUGCCGAUACCACAGAAUUUAUGGAUACCAAAGGAAAAACUAGAGUACUGGCAGAUUUGCAACCCAAAGAGUAUGCUCGACGCGAGAAAUUCCGACGUGAACACACAAAGAAAAUUAAUUUAUAUAAUAAAAUACUGGAGAAGAUUCAAGCCUAUACACAAACCCAAAAUGUUGAAAAGGUCAUUGAGAAGUUUCAACAACAAGAAAGUCUUUACUAUUCCUACUUUAACUAUGCCAAUGAGCUAAGUUAUCACAUGACACUGCUCACCAAUUCGGUUAAUCGUUUGUAUAGCGAUAUAGAUUCUUUGAGAAAAUCGAAUGUUCAGUCUUUACAAGAUCAAACCGAAACCAUAGAACGUUUGGAACAGACCUUGACGGAGAAGCAAAAGAAAAAUGAAGAAUUGCAAAAGGUUCGCGAAGCAAAUGAUCAACGCUUGGAGAAUCUCUUGCAAGGUAUUGAAAGCUUGUUUCACAUGUGUCACAGUGAUGCUUCCCCUCUUAUGGUUUUACUUGGCAAUCAUACCCAUGUUGAUUUGGUCAAUGUUCGUCGUUUCCUAAAAAUCCUUGAAAGACGAGUUUUCGAUAUUACCGCCAGUGUUUACAUUCUGGAGAGAAAGGAUGAGAGUAAAGCUUUUGGUGAUUUUAUUGUGAAACAAAUCGAAAAGAUUUGCGAUUGGCCCACAGAUAUUAAUGAGAUCGUUUUGACUCAACAAUGUCCCGAAUGUGCUGAAGGUGAGGCUUUCAAUAUGGAUGAUUCGGGUGAUGGUGGUGUUGUUGUGCAUACUGUAGAAGAGGCUAAAAGGAAGUUGCAUGAAAAAGUCAAUCAACCAGAAAUGCAAUAUCGUUUGCACAGCAUUAGUCAAUGUCGUUUACCCCGUUCAAGAGUUUUGGCAGCUAAACGAUUUGUUUAAAAGUAAAGCGAUAUUAGGAAGUUGCGACUAUAUUUUGUGAUGUAUAUUUUGUGUUAAAUA